AUGAACAGUGAAAGAUACAUCGUUAUCCCCGACUUAGCCAUCGUCGUCAUUCACUUGAAUACGCGCAUCGAUCGGGCCAAGAAAGCCAAUCUUGAGGGCGCCGAGUUGCUGGACAAUGUAGGUGAAGGUCGGGAUAAGGUCGUUCAUACCCAUACCUAUGGACUCGCUCUAUUGGCACUAGCGUAUGGCGACCUCACUAGAUCAGACCUCCUGCACGAUUGCAUUAACAAGCUCAAGAGGGAGACUAGAGCGGUUUUCGAUGCUGUCGCCCCAACGGUCCGUCACCUUGUCGUGACUCCAGCAAAUCCCGAACCUGAGGUUAUCCAGCACAGAUCUAUGACGCCUGAUCCUCCUAAGUUGGGCUCUAGCUCUGACCAGUGGCGACUGCAGCUUCUUCUGAAUGAACAAGCGACUGUCAAUCCCCAGCAAUUGAUGUUGUCUGGAGAGGUUCCGCAUAUCGACGUGUCGCAUGAGACAGGGAUCCAAGUCUCUCAAAUUCCAAGCAUUUCUUCGUCGGAAGCACACUCGCUCCCCACCGUGCUUGCCCGGAACGCACCCGCAGCUCAAUCAUUUACAUCGCGUCUGGCUGUUGGCCAGGAUGGAGAUGUUCUUAGUAAUUCUGGCUGGAGCCCCAAUGACCACUCAGGCGGCCGGGGAUCCAAUCAAAGGUCAUCACCAUGGUCGAAGUCGUUCUUGGCCUGCCCUUACUACAUACGGGAUCCUAUCCGCCAUUUCGGGUGUAUCAAUUUGAAGCUUGAUACUUACGGACGCGUCAAACAACACUUGAAGAGAAGUCAUUUGAAUUUCGAUGCCAACAAGAUGGAGGGUAUUAUAUGCGAAAGCUGCGGAGUGGUCUCCCCAGACGAACCAUCCAGCGACAUUCAUCGGGUUUCUAUCAAAUGUGCGCCAGCGACCUCAGAAAAUGAGCGUGGCGUAUCACGCCAAGCAUGGGAAAGACUUGAGAAACGCCUUAAAAGUGGUUCAACGGAUGAGGAGAAGUGGCUUAAUAUGUGGUUUGUUCUGUUCCAUCAACAUCUCAACACGUCGAUACCUAUCAAGGACACUGUUAUGAACAGGUUCUUCCAAAUCAUUCGCAACUUCUGCCAGGUUGAUGGGUUUGGGGAGAUUCUUUCGCGACUGAUUCAGGAGAUGCACGGAGUCGAACUUGGAAGCGAGACAAAGAUAUAUGAAUUGCUAAUGAAGCUGCUUGACUUUAUUCGAGAUUCCAUCCAACAGCUUUUCGAUACCGAGGAUGCAGCCGCAAUUGGCUGA